AUGAUAUGCCCUGACGUGCACGCCCGGCCAGCGGUGGGAUCGACGAAGUGCGACAACACCUGCUUCUGUCCGGACAGCGGCCACUCGGCCUGCACGCUGAUGUCGUGCCCUCCCGGCAAGCGGCCCAUGGUACCCGUCAGGUACAUCUACGCGGACGGCGACGCGUGCACGGACGAGGGCAGCUCGUGGAGGCACGACUGCAACAUGUGCCGCUGCCUGGACGGCCUAGUGGUCUGCAGCUCACGCCCCUGCAGGCAGCAACUGCUGCGCGCGCCUCUGCUCGCCGGAUCAGAGCCAGAUUCUGACAAGCAGUGCGAGGAGGACAAGGAGUGGACAGACGAGUGCGACAACAACUGCCGCUGCUCCAACGGCGGGCUCGUCAUGUGCACGCUGAAGGUCUGCGCCCCCGGAAAACAGGCGGGCCGGCCGCUGAAGGUGCUGCCGCGGCUGGGCGAGCCGUGCGAGGACGGCAGCGGCACCUGGCACGACGACUGCAACGCCUGCCAGUGCGUGGACGGCGUCACGGCCUGCACGCGCGGCGCCUGCCGGCAGCGCCAGCAAGAGCGCGACGGCGUGCCAGUACAGCAGUGCCGCCCCGGCUCCAGCUGGCUGGACGAGUGCGACAACAUCUGCAGCUGCAGCCCCAACGGCGUCUCCUACUGCACGCUCAAGGCGUGCCCGUACGGCCGCCAGUACGGCGUGCCCACCAAGUUCGUGUCGGCCGUCAACGACACGUGCACGGAAGAGGGCGCCACCUGGCGGCAAGACUGCAACACGUGCAGCUGCACCGAAGGUCGCGUCAACUGUACUGAGGACAUCUGCCAGGAGACAGGCGUUUCAGCCAGGUUCGGACCUCCAGGGAUUCGUUGCCUGCCCGGCUCCAAGUGGACUGAUCAGUGCGAGAACACGUGCCGCUGCACUUCGUCCGGCCAGGCCGCCUGCUCCCUCAAGGCGUGCCCGCCAGGAAAGAAGGCCGGUGAACGGGUGGAGGAUAUUCCGAAGGCAGGGGACGCGUGCGACGCAGAGGGCCGCACGUGGAAGGAAGACUGCACUCGGUGCACGUGCACCGAGGGCCGAGUCCAGUGCACCGAACAGAUCUGCACCCCGAUGGACCUACCCAUCCGUGACGAAGGGCCCUGCACGGAGGACGAAGAGUGGAUCGACGAGUGCACCAACCGCUGCAAGUGCAUCGGCGGCGAGCCGCGCUGCACGCGCCGGCCGUGUCCGGAGGGCGGCCGCCCCGGCGUGCCCGUGCGCUUCGUCGUGCCCGACGGUGACACCUGCGACAACGACGGCGAACAGUGGAAGGAUGACUGCAACACGUGCCGCUGCCAGGGCGGCCGCGUCUCCUGCACCAAGAAGGCGUGCGUCGGCUUCGAACGGGGAGGUGGUAACAAAAAGCCGGGGGAGUGUCCGUACGUGCCUCCGGGAACGCUAGGAUUCUGCUUCAACGGCUGCAACGGAGACGACAUGUGCCCGGACGACGAGAAGUGCUGUUCCAACGGCUGCGGCGCCUUGUGCAUGAAGCCGGAUACGUGCCUGGAGGGCAUUGCCUGGGAAGAGGACUGCAACACCUGCGCGUGCAUCAACGGAGAGCCGGCCUGCACGAAGAAGCUGUGCGCCAAGGAGCAACCCCAGUCUGACGCCCCGGUCCCGCAGGCCAACGAGCGUGCCACCUGUCUCGAGGGCAGCGUGUGGAAGAAGGACUGUAACACCUGUGACUGCGUCGGAGGUCGGCCCCUAUGCACCAAGAUGCUGUGUCCAUCCAAGAUCAGCUUCAUCGACGAGGUUACCGGUGAAUGCAGAGAGGACUCGGUGUGGAGAAAGGACUGCAACCGAUGCCGUUGCAUUGGCGGGCGGGCGGUCUGCACGUUGAAGCAGUGCGGACCUGGCAAGCCCAGCAACAAAGGCGGCGCCAAGGAACUGGCGGUAUGCGAGUUGCCGCCGAUUGAGCCGGACAGCGAUCCGUGCAAUGGCUUCAUUCGCCGCUGGACGUACGACGCAGCCGCCGGCAAGUGCCGACGCUACAUCUACGGCGGCUGUGGCGGCACGCGCAAUCUCUUCCGCACACGCAAACAGUGUAGAAAGCGUUGCGCCGCAGGUGGCGCGCAGAGCAGCCGGGCUGCCGCCUGCCGGCUGCCCGUGAAAUCGGGCCCCUGCUUCGAUGUUAUGCCGCGCUAUUACUUCGACACGGCCGCCGACAAGUGCCGUCAGUUCGGCUUUUCCGGCUGCGGCGGCAACGAGAACAACUUCCGCAGCCUCACGAAAUGCAUCCAGGCGUGCGGAGGCACCUACACCAGUGAUGACAACCAAUGCGACAGGAGAAGGUGUCCGUGGUCCCUGUACAAAAAUAACCUGGAUAAGGGCUGUGAGCCUGUGUAUGAAAACCAGGCCUGCUGUCCCACGCGGUUUGACUGUCCCGACGUGCGGGACGCGGGCAGCGACGACGCCUGCACGUACCGCGGAAAGCGGUACGCCGCCGGUGAGCGGGUGCCGGCCGCCAGCCGGCUGGACCCGUGCAAGCGUGACUGCGUGUGCGCCAGCAACCCGGGCUCGGGGCCGCAAAUCGACUGCGCCGAGUUCGACUGUCCGGCCGCUGUCUGGAACCAGAUCUCGGCCGGCUGCCUGCCGCUGUACCUGCCCGACCGCUGCUGCCCCGUCGACGUUCAGUGCGGCUCCCGCAGGCGCCGCUCGACGGACAUCAGCCUGUCCAGCCAGGGGCACACGUGCCAGGCUGACGGCCUCACGUACGUGGAGGGCGAGCUGAUGCCGACUCGUGACGACCCGUGCGUCACGUGUGUCUGCACCACCGAGUACGAGGGCCCUGGCGGCCCCGGCUGCCGGUUCAACGACUGUCUCGACCAGAACUCUCGCCGGGCGAACAGCGAGUGUGUGCCAGUCUACAUGACAGACGUCUGCUGCCCCGUCGACUGGAAAUGCCCCGAAGAUGUGGCGUACAGGGCCCUCUCGGAAACUUCAGAGCUGCUAGAGAUCAGCCAGGUGGAGCCGUCUUGUUUGCUUCCGAAGAACAGAGGGCCCUGUUCGAGGACUCUGGAGCGUUUCUUCUUUGACACGGAGCAGCAGCGCUGUGUGCCGUUCGUCUUCAGCGGCUGCGAAGCGAAUGAGAACAAUUUCAAAUCUCUGGCGGACUGCAAUGCGGCUUGCGACAGGCGGAAGUCUGGUGCAGCCUCCUUGGGCGGCAAUCUGGUGUCACUGGCGUCGGUGAGCGGUGGCGCCUGUCUCCUGCCGACCAGCGCGGGCAGCUGUUCGGAGCGCCUGAUACGGUUCAGCUAUGACUCCACCAGCGGCGCCUGCACCAGCUUCGAGUACGGCGGCUGCGGCGGCAACGCCAACAACUUCGUCAGUCUGGAGCAAUGCAAGAACACCUGCGUCCCAACGGACAGUCAAGACUUCUGCCUCCUGCCGCCUACUUCUGGGAGCUGUGACUCCGUUCUGUUGAGAUACUUCUUCCACGCCGAGUCGGGGGUCUGUGAGAGCUUCACUUUCGGAGGCUGCGACGGCAACGCGAACAAUUUCCUCACAGAAGAGGAGUGCUACAACAAAUGUCAGCCAGGCUCGAUGGAAACCAAGCGCCGCCUUCAGAAAGUGGCGUCCACUUGCCUCUCGCGGCCCGAUCCGGGCCCCUGCCGCUUCUUCCAGCAGCGCUAUUUCUUCAGCUCUGAGACGGCUCGCUGUCACCCGUUCCGUGGCUGUAUGGGUAAUGGAAACAACUUCGCUUCGUAUGAGGAGUGCUCGCAGGAGUGCGGCGUCUUGGUGCAAUAUCUGCCUGACGCCGGAGCGAAAAGCACAUGCGCCUUCGGCACCCAGAACGUUCCCCGCGGCACCUGGAUCGACGUGCAGGACAAGUGCACCAUCUGCGAGUGUUUGACGCCGCCCAAGCUGACCUGCCGCAAGCUGCACUGUCCUCAGAUAGUACCGGGUCUAGAAGAGCUGUGCGAAUACCGCCUGCGGGACCCAGGGGCGUGUUGUCCGGAGCUGGUUUGUGACGCUGCCGCCCCGGAGCUGCCAAACCUGGGUCCCGAGUGUUCCCUGGAGCUCUGCCAUCUGUCGUCAGUCAGGCCAGGCUGCAGUACAAUUUACCGGUCGGGAGAGUGCUGUCCCGAGAUCGAAUGCCUUCAUCCCGAGCCGCAGCAAGACCCUGAAGAGGCGUACGUCUGCGAGCUGCUGGAGUGUCCCAGCUCGUGCCUCACCAGCCGGGACCAGUACGGCUGCGUGCAGUGCGACUGCCAAGCGGACAGUCAGGCCGCUGCCAUCCCCUGCGAGCGCCAGUUCUGUCCCGUCGGCUGCGCCAGCCACUACGAGCACGGCUGUAUCGUGUGCGAGUGUGACUCUCCGUCGACGCCGCCGCCGCCGGCCACCACGCGCCCGCCGUGCCCCGCUGUGACCUGCCGGCCCGGCUGCGGGUACAAGCGGGAUGGUCGCGGCUGCUCCGUGUGCGACUGUCCCCCGCGGCGGCGGACGCCGGCCGCCUGUCCGCCGGCGGUCGCCUGCCCGGCCGAAUGUCGGGAGACGGUGAAGAGACGGCUGCCCAUCCUGCGACUGCGGCCCGGCGGACCUGGCCGACCUGGUGCUGCAGAGCUCGCGCCGCUGCCCGCAGCUGUCCUGCCCACCGCCCUGCGAGCUGACCGCCUCGGCCGACGCUGCCAAUGUGACCUGUGCCCGCCCUGCGACUGCCCGGCCGCCCGCUCCCGCUGCCCGACGGCCGUGUGCCCCGCCCACUGCCCGCGAGCCUUCAAGGACGGCUGCCACUACUGUGCGUGCGACGGGGCCGUCCCUCUGUCGAUGGACGUCUCCCGGCUGGGCUGA